AUGUCGCUCUCCAACAAGCUGAACAUCACCGAUGUCGACCUUAAGGACAAGCGUGUCCUGAUUCGGGUCGACUUCAACGUCCCCCUCGACAACAACCUGAAGGUCACCAACCCGCAGCGCAUUGUCGGUGCCCUGCCCACCAUCAAGUAUGCCAUCGAGAAGGGCGCCAAGGCUAUUGUCCUGAUGUCCCACUUGGGUCGUCCCGACGGCAAGCCCAACCCCAAGUACAGCCUUAAGCCAGUUGUCCCUGAGCUCGAGAAGUUGCUGGGCAAGAGCGUUAUCUUCACCGAGGACUGUGUCGGCCCUCAGGUUGAGGAGACCGUCAACAAGGCUACCGGUGGUCAGGUCGUGCUGCUGGAGAACCUGCGUUUCCACGCCGAGGAGGAGGGCUCCUCCAAGGACGCCGAGGGCAAGAAGGUCAAGGCCGACAAGGAGAAGGUUGCUGAGUUCCGCAAGGGUCUCACUGCCCUGGGUGAUAUCUAUAUCAACGAUGCCUUCGGCACUGCUCACCGCGCUCACAGCUCCAUGGUUGGCGUUGAGCUGCCCCAAAAGGCCGCCGGUUUCCUUGUCAAGAAGGAGCUGGAAUACUUCGCUAAGGCUCUGGAGAACCCCCAACGUCCCUUCCUCGCCAUCCUGGGUGGUGCUAAGGUCUCCGACAAGAUCCAGCUGAUCGAUAACCUGCUGCCCAAGGUUAACAGCCUGAUCAUCACUGGUGGGAUGGCGUUCACCUUCAAGAAGACCCUGGAGAACGUCAAGAUCGGCAACUCUCUCUUCGACGAGGCCGGCAGCAAGAUCGUCGGCGACAUUGUCGAGAAGGCCAAGAAGUACAACGUCGAGAUUGUCCUGCCCGUCGACUACGUCACCGCCGAUAAAUUCUCCGCCGAGGCUACCAUCGGCGCCGCCACCGAUGCUGAAGGUAUCCCCGACGGCUACAUGGGUCUGGAUGUCGGUCCUGAGUCCGUCAAGAAGUACGAGGAGGUUAUCGGCAAGGCCAAGACCAUCCUGUGGAAUGGACCUCCAGGUGUCUUCGAGCUGAAGCCCUUCGCCAACGCCACCGAGAAGACCCUCGAUGCCGCUGUCAAGGCCGCCCAGUCUGGUUCCAUCGUCAUCAUUGGCGGCGGUGACACCGCCACCGUCGCGGCUAAGUAUGGCGUCGAGGACAAGCUCUCCCACGUCUCGACCGGCGGCGGUGCCUCGCUCGAGCUCUUGGAGGGCAAGGACCUUCCGGGUGUUGCUGCUCUGUCCAGUAAGUAA